GUGACGUGUUUCAAACUAUGCGGACCUAAAUAGUUGUAACACCGUGAGUCGUCCUUUACGCAAGCGUGGUUGGUAUAUUGUGCACGAUAUUUGAAACCAAUGUGGACUUUGUGUUUACAGAAAAGGUGUUUUCACUCCUCGGUGAGUUUAAUGAAAACGCUAAAGAAGAAAAGUCCAGCGGAACAGCGCUGGCUGCUGCGGCAGCUAAAAGACCCGUAUGUUAAAGCUUCUCACAAACAGAACUUCCGGUGCAGAAGCGCCUUCAAGCUGCUGGAGAUAGAUGACAAGUUCGGACUUUUCCAGGCGGGUUACAGUGUGGUGGACUGCGGUGCAGCACCCGGAGCCUGGAGCCAGGUGGCGGUGCAGAGGGUCAACUCCACCGGGACAGAUCCAGACUCACCACGCGGCACGCUAAUCGGCAUUGAUCUCCUGAACAUCCCACCACUGGAUGGUGCCCACUUCCUGUCCAAUCAUGAUGUGAUGGAUCCCGCCACGCACGCCAAGCUGCAGGAGCUGCUCCCCGGCGGCCAGGCUCAUGUCAUCCUGAGCGACAUGGCGCCCAAUGCCAGCGGCUUCAGAGACAUGGACCACGAGAGAAUCAUCACAAUGUGUUUCUCUUUGAUAGACUUGGCUGGGAAGAUUUUGCAGCCUCGAGGCUCUCUGCUUUGUAAAUACUGGGACGGGAUUCUAACUUAUCAACUCCAGGAGAAACUCUCCCGUUUGUUCAGGAGCGUCCGGUCUCUGAAACCAGACGCCAGCAGAAAGGAUUCAGCUGAGAGAUUUUUCCUUGCCAGAAUGCAUAAAAAGUGAUCUUCACUGCCUUUAUUUAUUUGUUUUCCUGGUGAGAUGUACUAAAGUGCAGAGUGUGUUUCUGACCAGUGAGCUGCCUGAACAUGAAGUGGCUUCUUCAGUAGCUGCUAUCAAAAGAUGGCAGUGUUGAGGCAUCGGUCAGGCUGCAGGAGCAGAAGCAGCCACACUAAACAGUGUGAUGUGUUUCUGUUUCCUUAACACGGCAGCAGCAGUUUAUCAGUGAGAUGUAAACCUCUGGAGGAAUCCGUGAGAUUCCUCAACGGCACAGUGAUGCAUUUUUUCUUUAACAUUUCUGAUGUAGCCCCAGUUUUUUUAAAACUUUUUGGUACAUCUCAAUUUUUUGUUUUGUUUUACUUCCAAGCUAUUAUGACUCAACCUUCACAAUUACAAAAACCUAAAAUGAUGUAGAGGGGGAGGAAUUAUUGUCCCAGCAGAAACCAAAAGCAGUGCUAAAACCUACACUUCCUCUCAUGAACACUUGAGGCUGUCCAAACUCUCCAUUGAGCACAUUUAAAAGUCCAGAUUUAUGGCAGAAAUAAGCUCACUUAGAUCCAAACCAAUGGCUUGAGCCUAGUUCAUUCAGGGCAAUUUUGUAAGGCCUUCAAUAAUGCAUUAAAACAGCCUGAAUGAUGAGAGCAUCAGCUGAUGUGAUCAGUUCCUCCUCCUAAAUCCCAAAAGGACAACUCAAACUCCACAGACCAUUAAUUGACGUACCCUUUAUCCUUAAAAAAAAUCAUUAAUAAAAAAGAAAAAUUACAAUAGUUUUUUAAUACUGAAAAUCUUGUCAUUCAUUCCUGAAAUAACGUUUAUUUUUUGGCUUUGCAUAUCAAGUUCAGGGGUUAAAUGCUGUUUGUAUUUAUGCUGGACUGCUCUAACAAAUAAGCAUCAUCUAUUGGAAGGUUAAAGCUUGAAUAAAAGUGAUUUGGAAAUGUG